GAAUCAAAGGACAAACAAUGAUCAAGGGUAGCACCAAGAUAUUUAACUGAUUUUUUGGAUUCGAUUGUUUGACCAUUGCCGUUCGUAUCAAGAUUGAACUGGGAUGUCAAUAUUAUUUGGGACCCAAAUAAUAUAGAUUCUGUUUUGCCAAGAUGCAAAUUUAUUGUCUUCGGGUGUGGAAGUUGUACACAGCAGUUCUCUCGGAUAGUCGAUAGAAUUGUCAAUGGAGAAAAAGCAGAGAAAAACGAGUAUCCGUGGCAAGUACGGAUAAUGAGAAAAGGGUAUAUGAGAUGUAGCGGUGUCGUCUUAAAUGAGAGGACUAUUUUAACCGCAGCUCACUGUUACGGAUUUGACAAAGAAUCAUUUUAUCAAAUUCUUGUCGGUACACAUACAACUCGUCGGCCUUUACAAACAGCACAGAAACGAAGGGUAGAAAAGGUCAUUGUACAUAAAGGGUAUGUAGUAUCUGACACUUAUGAGUCGGCAAAUGAUAUCGCCCUGUUUCAUCUCAAAUCGCCAUUGGAACUAUCGUCUGCAGUACAGCCUGUACGCCUCUCGGACAGAGAAUUUGACAAGGAUGCGCUGACAAACAAGCAAUGUUACAUGUCAGGAUGGGGAUUGGCGAUGAAAAACAACGGUGGUUAUAAACUACCAAAAGUCUUACAAGGAGUUAGCACAAAGGUCAUCAAGACAAACCUCUGCAGAUACCUAUCUCGGGGACACGAGUAUUACAGGAUAUACAGAGAGCUCCAUAUCUGUACUGUAUUAAGUGAUUAUUCAAGUGGAUGUAAUGGUGAUAGCGGUGGACCUAUGGGUUGCUAUGACAACGACGGAAAUUUUAGAUUACUUGGUAUUACUGUUUUCGGCAAAAAUCCAUGUGGAGCUAAGCGUGGCUUUCCCAACGUGUUUGUCCGCGUUUCUACAUACAGGAAAUGGAUUGCAAGAAACGCUGUUGGUCCAGUUUCUAUGUGAAAUUUAUUAUAAAACAUCAUGCGAAUAAAACGCAAUUAUGUCUGA